AUGGUUAACAGACUUGCUAGUGGCAACAAUAUACUGGUUGCCUCCGUUUGCUGGCUGCACCAGAACCUGCCGAACACCGCCCGCACCGCUUCGCGUGAGACUCCCUGGUGGCGCCUUGCAAGCCUACCUGUAACAAUGACGUCAAAGUACUUGGGGUUGCGCAGUGGCUGCAUGGCGCCAUUGUCGAUGUACAUGCGGCUCAGCUCCAUGCAAGGGCGGCCGCCUGCUCGUCAUCCAGCCGCGGUUAGCCAAGUCCAGGGCGGGGAUGUACGACACCAGCGCCAACGUCGUACGCAUGUGGUCCAGCACUAA